GGGAGUAGAGUGAUUUUGCCCUUUUUGUCAAAAAAGUGAAUUGUCGCCGCCAUUGCUGUUAGUAGUUUUUCUCCUCGUCCGCCAUUUAAUCCUGAGGACUCUAUUUUUAUAUAUCAGUUAGAACUUUUAAAUCAUUCAAAAUGCGGGGAAAAAACGAUUUAGAAGAAGACGAGUCUGGUAAAUUGUUUGUCGGUGGACUGAGCUGGGAAACUCAGCAAGAAAACUUACAACGCUACUUCAGCCGAUAUGGUGAGGUGAUAGACUGUGUGGUGAUGAAAAACAGCGAAAGUGGUCGCUCAAGGGGGUUUGGAUUUGUUACUUUUUCUGACCCAGCAAAUGUUGCGAUAGUUCUUCAAAAUGGACCACAUCAAUUAGACGGCCGAACGAUUGACCCCAAACCUUGCAACCCUAGGACAUUGCAGAAACCUAAAAGAAGUGCUAGUUAUCCGAAAGUUUUUCUAGGUGGUCUGCCUUCUAAUGUCACUGAAACUGAUCUCCGUUCUUAUUUUUCCCGAUUUGGGAAGGUGAUGGAGGUAGUAAUAAUGUACGAUCAAGAAAAGAAAAAGUCAAGAGGCUUUGGCUUUUUGUCUUUUGAAGAUGAAGACGCAGUUGACAGAUGUGUAGCAGAACACUUUGUCAAUAUGAGUGGCAAACAGGUUGAGAUUAAGAAAGCUGAACCUCGAGAUUCAAAUAAAAUGGGUGACAAUGGAGUGGCCGGGCAGUGGGCUCCACCUCCAACUGGUCAUGGAAUGGCAAUGGGAGGAGGUAUGGGCAUGGGAAAUCCAAGUGGACAGAUGAGUGGUGGUCCGAUGGGCGGUAUGGGUCACAUGGGUCCUGGUAACAUGAUGCAAGGCUAUCAAGGAUGGGGCUCCACCCCUCAGACUGGCGGCUAUCCAGGGCAGUGGGGUCCCUCAAACCAGCCUCCCAUGAAUGCUGGCUAUGGCACACCAUCUGGACCUCAAGGAUACCAAGGUUGGGGUGCUCCUCCGGGGCCGCAAGGCCAGCAAAUGGCUCCUCCUCAAUGGGGCUCUAAUUAUGGAGCGCCCCCUCAACAAACAGGAUAUGGAUCCUAUGGAGCGCAAGCAACGCCACAAUCGUACGGGAAUAGUUGGAACUGGAACAUGACACAAAAUGGACCAGCAACCCCUGCAGGACCUCCUGGACAAGGCAAUGGAUACCAAGAACGUUCGUUUGGUUAUGCAGGUGGGGCCGGCGCUGCUCCCGCUGGACCUACCCCCCCUGGGACUGCAGGACAAAAACCACCAACUGACUAUGGUGGCUACGGCGGAUAUGCUGGUUAUCAACAGGACUCGACGUCAUACAGCGGACGCAGCUACGCAGGCGGAGACGGCACAGCGCAAGGUUCAGGAGAGGCAGACCUGUGGGGCUUUUGAGGUCUUUACGGGAUCUGGUGAGGCUAAUUGAAAGGCUACUGAGCUUAACCACCAACCCGCGUAAGUAAGAACACCGCCAUCUACCAAUCAUCAACUCCUAUGCCUAACUGUAACUAUCAACAAAACCAUAAUCACUCUUUAGUUUAAACCUCCAUAGCUCAUAGAAUAUCUUUAAGUCCUCUUGUUCUAAUGUUCAAAGUACCUGAUUUGGUUGUAAGUGUUUCGGACAGUUAAAUUAGUAUUAUCAGUAUACAUAGACUCUGAUUUUAAGUGUAGAACUUAAGCCUCAAUAGUUCUGUUAAAAAACUGAAGACCAAAAAUUAGUCGUAAUUAGUUUUACGAUGUUGAAGUAUCAGUUAGCUUUUUAGAUGUUCAUGAUGUGGAUUUUGGCCCCAAUAACAGGGAACUAUUUCGAGAAUUUUCUAGUUCCGAGAGAUUCCCUACGUUUCUGCGUGUUCAAAAUUAGAUGAUUUGUUUUUACUUUUCCACAAAUUUUUCAAGUAUUUUGUUUGUAUCACACUUGUAGAAUAAUAACUAUGAACUGAUAAAUAGUCUAGUAAAAAUGUACUUUUUAGAAGGAAUUAAUUUCACUUUCAUGUUCUCCUUGACACUCUAUAAAGUUAGUGUCGGGGAAGUUAAGAAGCAGAGGGAAUCCCUGAAGUAGAAUGGUUCAGUUCACCAUCUUGUUUUUGAGAUUACUGAAUCAUUUUCAUUUAAAGACUAAAGGAAAUUUUUUUAAAACAUCCAAAAUUAUGGUAACUCCCAAUGAGCUCAAGUAACAACUUGAUAUGGUUUAUUUUAUUUUAUGAAGUGCUUGAAAGUGAAAUUUAUUCCAACUCUUGAAAAUGUUUUACCCAUGUUAGAACUGCCGUUGCAUCUUACUUCAUUAACGUUUUUAAAGAACUAGUAUUAUAACUGCAUAUUUAAAUUUAAAUAGGUAGUUUUUAGCCUAAAAUUCCGUUUUUGAGUUCUGUCGCUAAUGAAUAACUGUAGAGGGGAACCGCAGAGGUGCCUGCCUGCGGUUUUGGUAAGUUUGCUGCAACUUAUCGUUCCUAUAGAGCUAAUCGAGAUGCUUUUCAAUUUUUACCAAUGGACCCCAUAUCUCCGGAAUUUUUUUUUUGUUUUUUUAUUAAAACGCCUCUUUGACUAUCAGCUGAACUUAGUGUGAGAAGUGUUUUUUUCCCUGGCAAUCCCAUUCAUCAGCAAUGAAUGUGGCACAUAUUUUAAGGUCGAAUUGUCACAAUUCAAAGCGUAAGCUGCCAUUUUCUCAAGACAAUUUUAACUUUUCUUAUUUUCAUAAAAGUACAAUUUCAAAAAUUUCUCAUACAGUUUCCUCUCACACGCAUGAAAUUCUGUGAAGUUAUUACUUUAAAGGAAUCGUCAUGAAUUGAAAGAAUGUUGAUAAAAAGAAGUCAUUGAACUCGCCAGGUUUUUUAUUUCCCAAAAAAGGUGGAGUACGAAUUCUUAGCUGAAAAUCUUUUAAAAUCCUAUUAAGUUGCAGGGGUGAACUAAUGAUGGCUUUCUUUUGAAAAAUCGCACUCCACCUUCUUGGACGUAAUUACACUUAUCUACACAAAAAAAUCAAACAGUAAAGCAAGUGCAAAAACGUUGUGGGGUUGUUGUUGAUUGGUUUUGCGUAUGAAAGUCAUACAUACCUCAUCUUCACAUGUGAUAAGAAGUGAUAAAAGUUUGGGGGGUUGAGGGGCCUACCAGUAAAAACUGAAGAGCACUUGUCAAUCUGCCGCAUUUGAACUUUUCAUUGCUGCGAACUACAAAAUGGCAGAUGGCCUCUUCUGAGCUUCCUCUUGUUAGACAUUUUGUUAGAAUCUAUUCCUACCAUAACAACCUCUCUCUGAGAUUACAAGAUUCUCAGAAAAUUUGUCUCUCAGAUUAAUAUCUCACAUUUGGGUGCAAAUGACUCCGUAGCCCUAAAACAAAUCAAUCAAUUUUGAACUUCAAAUUUUUUUCAUCAUUGACAAUUGGCCUGUCGAAAAAAGCGUACCAGUUGCAAGUGUAAUAUAUGAAUGAUAACAUUUAAGACAGAAGAAAAAAAUUCUUAUGAAGACAAAAGUUCAUAGAAAUCAUCAUUUUUAGCAUAGGUACUUACCCAAGUAAAAUUAAGAAAAUUAUAUCUCUUAGAAAAUUCUCUGAAAAUUUUCCUGAUUCUUUCUUCUUGUGUAUUAUUACCUGGUGAACGUGUUGAUUGAUUGGUCAUUGAUUCAAAAUACUUGUAUUUUUCACUUAUUUGUUUAUUUUUUAACUGAAAGUAGCACAUUACAAAAGAACGAGGAGCCUUAUUAGUUUUCUUAUUCAUACAACUGUUUGUGAUGAAUCUUACUUAUUUACAUUUUAAUUAUCUUUGAAGGUCGAGUUUAAUGUGUGGACACAGUAGCUUGCUUGAUCAUUGACAAGGAGCGUCUCUUCAUGUUUUUAACAUUUUUUAUAGAAGGAAAUUGAGAAAUGUUUCGUUAUAUCCUGAAAAUGUUGUAAAUCUUUCAGUUCAACUGCAUUAGGUAUACUAGCAUUUUUCAAGACUGAAGCUUGAAUUAGCAAAAAAAUUUCUUUGAUAUUGUACCUAGUUAUCUUCAAA